AUGGAGGACAUCAACUCUCCUAAUGAGCCCCCUUUAGGGGACUCGGAAGGUGUAGCUCAGGAUGCCGAUUCGCCUACCCAAAUGACUGCCGCCGCGCCGAACUCCCGAGCAGCAGCAGCAAAUGAAGCAGCAGCAACAGCAGCAGCAAGAGGGCAUAUCCCCUCAUAUACUCUGCCUCCUGGUUAUCCAAUGCCACACACAUGCGUUGCUCCCACCUGUGUGCUGCUGAAACAGCUCGAGGACGCGGAAGCUGCAAAGGCAAAAACAAAAAAGACCGCAGCGCUAGCAGCAGCUGCAGCUGCAGCAGCAGCAGCGCAGCAGCAGCAACAGCAACAGCAACAGCAGCAGCAGCAACAACAAGUGCAACAGAGAGAUAACGAGCAGACCAUCGGUGUCAUUAGAAACGACAGAUUAACUGGUGCUGCUGCAACGGACAGCAAUGCUCAGCAGCAGCAGCAGCAGCAGACCACGCACUUACAGCCGUCGGAAUUCAUAGACUUAGUGCUGGGACACAGAUCAUUAGCGGAUGAGUUCUGCUACAUGAACAGGCGAGGUCCUUACAGUUACGAGAUUGUACCAUUUGACGCCAUAAACCCUCAAGAUUAUUUAACAUUGUCAACGCAUGCAGUAUUGCAUUAUAAUGCUGCAAAAGGAACAGAUUGUUUAUCUGUACAUCAAUGGAAAAAAGAACAAGAAUUAUAUGCUUCUCUUAUUCAAGUUCCUUUCUUCUCUAAUUAUCCUAAAUGGAGGAUGAUCGCCCUCUGGAAAACCGCCAUGAGGGAAAUGCGAUUCAGGAAUUGUGCCGAAGUUUUAGAGAAGAAUUUAUUUCCUCUUAAUAAAAUUCUUGGUCCUUCUUUAUGUUCUGUUCGCUCCCUUGCAAUGAAAGUUGCAACAUGGGAUGUAUUAACAGCUCCAGGAGAUUCUGUGGUGUCACUACAGCAGAUAGAAGAACUACAAAAAAGCAAACAACAACAAUUCGCAACAGGACUUCAAAGGCUCUGGGCAGCUGUCGUUUCAGAACUCGAGGUUUUGAGCGCCGUGGCCUUCACGGCAUUAGUAGUCUUGCAAGCCGGAACACCCAUAGAAGCAACCCUCAAGGGGGGCUUUCUGUCUCUUAUACAGAGAAAGCAACAACUCGCAUGCAAUGCGUCGUUUGAAAAGAUGGCAAAGGAAGGGGACGGCUCCCAGCAGCAACAACAGCAGCAGCAAUCGCAGCAACAGCAGCAGCAGCAGCGGAAGCCUCAGCAGCAGCAGCAGCGUCGUUUGCAACAGAAUGCAAGGAAGCUGGGGGAUUCCAGAGGCCGCAGCGCUGGGGGAGCAGCAGCAACAGCAGCAGCAGCAGCAACAGCAGGUUCUGUUCUGUCUGGCACCAAACCCUUGCUGCUCGUACAGCUCGAGCUUAGCCGCUCCGGUGUAUCGCUGUCUCCUCAAAAGUCCGCCUUUGUCGAAUUCUUUCGAGGCAUUCUUUCUGAGACAUUUUCUGUUCUUUCUUCUACUGCUUCGUUUAUUACUGCUGAUGAAAUGGCGGCAUUCACAAGUCCCUUAACAGGCUUCGGAGAGGAAACAGCCUGCCGCUCCUUCCCAUCCUUUUUACAGAGCGAAGAAUCAUCUUUGCCACAGUUAACACGCAAAACCCUCGAGCUUGUCGAUUCUCUCUUUGAUAGGGUCACUGCAGCUGCAGAGGGCUUUACUGUUUCGGGAACAUGUUGCUUGCAGAAAUAUGUUGAGGUUUAUAACAAUAGCGAAAGCCUCUCCACCGCCGCCCUGGAGAAGAUGGAAGUGACUGACUUUGACCAAACCCUGAGCGCGUGGCAGCGAGAUGCUGACGAAGUCUCUUCUUUAUCUCCUCAAUUGGGCCAGGGGUUUGCGCCGCAGCUGGCAAAUAGCAGCAUGACAAAACUGCUCCAGGAAAUAUCAACAACCAAUGCAAAACUUUCAGUUGUUCCUCAAGAUAUAAACUCCUACGUGGACUUCAACUGUUUCUUAGCGGAGACGCAGAAGGAAACCCUACCUGCAAUCGAAGCAAAUGCUCUUCGGGUGUCUGGACUCCUGGAUAUUUUAAAGAGGGUUUCAUUAAGAAUCGAUGCAACCACCAAAACCCUUUUUGCCGAACUCUCUCAGGGACUUGCGGGCCUCCGAACGCAACUGCAGUUUGCAGCUUAUUCUGUAGAAGGAAGUAUAAAGCGUUUCCAAGAGGAAUUGGAGGCUUGUACUCCUCUCAUAAGAGAUAAGCUUGCAGUGCUGCAACAGGAUCUACGCGAUCCUAAACUAUAUGAAGCAGAAACUACCUUAAGCCAAGUAGAGCCUAUUCUCCACAGUCUCGAUAAACAACUGCAAGAUUUAAAGACAGAAGUGGAAAAAUGCAAGAGGUGCGAGGAGGUUCUGCGGGUGGAUCCGACCCCGUUCGAGGGUUUCGAGGAGACAAUGCAGUUGUUCAAGGACUUAGAAAAGUGUUUGCAGUUAAAAACAGAGUUCGAGGAAUUCAGCGCCUCUAUGGGACAACAGUUGUUCUGGAAGGCGGACAUCCCGCAGAUUCAAACCACCGGUUUUUCCAAGAGCCUGCAAGGUUUGGCAGGUCUUUUGGGGUGUCAGCCACUAUACCAAACCCUUCAAAUCUCCCUUGCAUCUUGCAGAGAAUCCCUCGCUGUUGCUAAGGCUCUGAGAAACCCUGCCUUGCGGCAAAGACAUUGGAAUGCAAUUAAGGGUUUAAUUGGUGAUGAAGUAGAUUUAAAGUCAGAGACCCUUCUUCUCAACGACCUCGCCAGCAUCAAACGCCUCAAGGAAACACCCGAAAUUCUCACGCUAUCAUCGGAUGCUACAGCCGAGGAAACCCUUGAGGGUUUGCUGCACUCAUUGAGGCAAACUUGGGAUUCUUUGCAGCUGCCGCUAGUUAAUAAAAGGGUUUCCAAAGACAAUGUCUCUAUUCUCGGGUGUCUUGACGAUGUCAUUGCCACUCUCGAUGACUCACUUGUUAGCGUCAACACUAUUGCUGCUUCGCCAUUUGGCGCAUUUAUGAGAACGGAGGUGGAAGAGUUGCAGGGCGACUUAGCCCGAGUUCAAGAUACACUCGAAGAGUGGCAGGCAGUACAGAGCAGUUGGCUGUCUUUGCAUGCAAUAUUUAGUUCUGCGGAUAUUCGCAAACAAUUGGCAUCUGAGGCAUCAAAGUUUGCUGCAGCAGAUGCGCAAAUUAAAACUAUUUAUCUCGAUGUUUUAGAAUAUAAUAUCUGCCUCAAUGCAUGCAACAAAGAAGGAAGAUUGGAAACCCUCAAAAAGCUCUCCUCUACUCUCGAUGAAGUCAAACGCGGACUCGAAGACUACCUACAGAGCAAAAGGGAGUUAUUCCCGCGCUUCUACUUUUUGUCCAACAAAGAACUUUUGGGUCUUGUCAGCCAAGGCAGACAACUCAAGUCUGUUGAGCCAAUCCUGCGGAAGUGCUUUGCAAAUCUUUAUUCGUUGUGGCAAGAAGGCGAUGGGAAGAACCCCGACUUAGCAGGUGGCGGAAGCCCUAGGCCCUAA